UCUUCUUCUUCAUCGUUGCUACGUCUUUUUAUGUGGGUUUGAGCCGGGGAUUCAGUGACGUCUCCGGCGAAAAAAACCCGGUUCACGACGGUCUGAACCGGAACAGUGAAUCGGUCCGACAAAAUCAAACCGGGAAAAGAAGAGUGUUUUGGUUUUCAUGGAGCUUGUUGUUGGCUUUCGUAGUUGUUUAAUGGCGGAAGCUCGUGGGAUUUUGAGAGAGAGUUCGUUUUAGGGUUUGGUUUUUGGGAGGAUAAGGAUGGAAGGGAAGGGGGGAGUGCCGGCAAUGAUUGUGGAGGCGGCGGCGGCAGCGGCAGCGGCGGAGAAAGGGGAGGAGAGUGGGAAGGUGGGAGGGGAGAAGGUGGUGGAAGCUGUGGCAGCGCCGGUACCGGCUACGGUGGCUCCAGUGGCUCCGGUGACGGCGACGACGGUGGGAAGGGUGAGUGUGGCGAUGGUGGGAGUGAAGAGGAAGAGAGGGAGGCCGAGGAAGUAUGGGCCGGAUGGGAGCGUGUUGAUGCCGUUGAAUCCGAUGCCGAUCUCGGCGUCGGCGCCGGCGGGCAGCUACCAUGGUUCGGCGGCGGGGGGGAUGAAGCGGGGUAGAGGGCGGCCGGUGGGGUUUGCUAGCUUGCCGCAGCAUAAGAUCGAGUUUGAGUCCGUAGGUGAACUGGUGGCAUGUGCUGCUGGUGCUAACUUUACUCCACAUAUUAUAACUGUGCCAACUGGCGAGGAUGUCACUAUGAAGAUCAUAUCAUUUUCACAGCAAGGGCCACGAGCUAUAUGCAUUUUAACAGCAACUGGUGUCAUUUCCAAUGUCACCCUUCGUCAACCCGAUUCCUCUGGUGGUACAUUGACAUAUGAGGGCCGCUUUGAGCUCCUCUCUCUAUCUGGUUCAUUCAUGCCAAAUGAGAACGGAGGUACAAGAAGCCGAUCAGGCGGGAUGAGUGUCUCUUUGGCAAGUCCAGAUGGCCGUGUUGUCGGGGGAGGUGUUGCUGGUCUUUUAGUCGCGGCAAGCCCUGUGCAGGUUGUGGUGGGCAGUUUUCUACCAAGCUACCAAAUGGAACAGAAGACGAAGAGACCAAAAUAUGAUUCUCUAUCUGUAUCAGUGUCAACUCCGGCAGCUGGAAUCCCGGUCUCCAGUAUAGAGACAGAGGAGGGUUACUGUAAGGACGAAACAUACCUGAACUCAACCACCCCAAAAUCAAACAUUGUUGUUACCUCCUUCAAAGACUGGGCCUCGUCUGCGCACUCAGCUCCCGACACAAAGAACUCUUCCACUGAUAUCAACAUAUCUUUGCCCGGAGGCUGAAAGUUCGAAGCUCACCGCUGCAGAAACUCAUCGGUUCGUGUGUGAGUUUCUCUAACUUGCCUUGCAGACUCUCAUUUGCAGUUAGUUCACUGUUGUCUUAUUUCUUUGUAGAAGUGCUUGAUAUCCAAACUUGAAUGACUCUAUUCCAUUGUUGUUGUUUAGUAUCAGUAACUAAGUUCUGUGUAUCUGUUUUUAACACCUCAGUUUCAAGCAAUAGUGUUGUAUUCCAUUAGAAUUCUGAUAAUUCUGUACUUUGUAAAAGUUUGUUGGAUUAUUAAUUCAUCUUCUAUAAAUUUUUUUUU